CUGUGUUGACAACUCGCGGUAUUUCUCUCGGGAUCGGUUGGUCGAGAUCAUGACGUCCUUGGGAUAUGUCCAACUUGAGGGAAAGGUCACGAACAAGCUUGUCUACUCAUUCUGGAAGAGAGCGAAUGCUCCAAGCAAACCGCUGCCCGCAUUUGCCAAGAAGGAGCUCAACCCGGGUCUGAAUCGUAACAACUUCACAAUCACACUGAAGGGUCCAUGAUUGCGUGCCACCAGAUUGAACCAUUUCUUUGGUCUAAGGAGCCGGCUGGCAGAUCAUCAAGUGCGUUGAAAGCAGGACGUCGCCAUUGUCAUUGUGAUCAAAGACGGGCCCCAAUCACGAUUCUGGCUGCCUUUUUGGGGGCAAUCCUGGACGAUCAGACGCCGAGGCGGGCCUUGAGGUGGUGUAAGUUCCAAGCGUUCUCCCCUCACAGCGAUCGACAGGCGAUCGUCCAUAUCCUCGCUUCCGUUUGGACGCCUCGAAGAAGUCACGUUUCCAAUAAGCCAACGAUGACCCGUGUUGUGGGACGAAUGUCGUCGGCACGACGAGUCCACGAUAAACCCCGCCGUCCGGGCAUUUGGCAAGCGCCCGUUGCAAGCGACAGGCCGCCACGGCUGCUUUCACCUGCCUUCCACGGGACGGACGAGUCCAUGUUCUACAUCUGGAUCAAUCGGCAAUUCAUGCGAGACAAAACAUGGACUUUGUCGGCUGCUGCGGAACCUCUGGCGUUUGGAUGGGGCGUCAAGGUCUCGAGCUCCAGUUGAUACAGCUUCGACCUGCCUGUUUCUCACAAGAUGGCCAUCUCGUUUACGGUCUCGUACUAGCUGUUGCGGGUAAAGCUAGGUAUGAGAUCCCACGUGCCUGAAGCCGAGGAAUGGGCGACUGGCAUCUAGAACAGACUUGGCUUGAAGAGUAAGGGAUAGGAUGGACGGGA